GUUAAAAUUUUCAGCAUUUGUUCAAGUUUUUCAUUUUAUAGUAUUAUUUUAUUUUAAUUAGCUUAAAAAGGCAUUUUAAGAACCGUUCAAAAUGCCACGAAGCAAUGAAUAUUAUGACUACUUGUUUAAGUACAUUGUUGUGGGAGACGUCGGCGUUGGAAAGACAUGCAUUACUAGACAAUUUUUGUAUCAUGAGUUUGAUACUAAAGAGUUAACAACCAUCGGAGUAGACUAUGGACACAAAACUUUAUCACUUUACAGUAGAAAAAUUAAAAUUGCUGUCUGGGAUACAGCUGGACAGGAGGCAUUCAAGUCCAUAGCUAGAUCAUAUUAUUCCGGCGCUGCAGCUUGUAUACUAGUAUAUAAUAUUACAAACCGUGAUUCGUUUUUACACGUUAGCGAAUGGCUAAGAGAAGCUCGUUUAAACUCCGGCUCCAGAAUGAUGUUCGCUUUGGUGGGCAACAAAAUUGAUUUGGAUAAAAACAGACAAGUAGACUACCCUGAAGGUGAACAUUUUUCAAACAAAAAUGGUUUGUUGUUUUUUGAAACAUCCGCCAAAACAGCAAGUCAUAUAUCUGAAGUUUUUGAAGAAUUGGCAAAACACUUAUACAGAAAAGUUUUAAGCGGUGAAAUUGAUGUUAACAGACCGAUAUCAGGAGUUAGACUCGGCCAGAAACUCAGUAAAUCAGAAAUACUUAAAAACCAUGCAACCGAAUGUUGUACAUUUACAUGAAAAAAUUAACAAGUAACGUAUAACAAAUUA